AUGGGCUCACAGGCGCAGGACCCCGAGCAGGUUUCGCGCGCCAUGGAUGCGCUUGCUAGGUCAAUCCUGGCGAAACGCGUGCAAGACCACAAAAGAAAGCCCGAACGGCUGCGGCAGCUCGAGCUGCUCAAGCAACAAUUUGACGCGCUCGUGCUCGCGCGUCAGGCGCAGAAAGAGCCAGCGCCGCGCGCUCCGCUGCUGGACGCAGCACAGCUAGACCGGGAGCUGGAGCAAGGACUUGGGUUUGUCGAGCGCAACGGCAGAAACUACGUUCUUCUUCCACUGGUCGGAAACCCGAAUCCCGCGCCAGCCGCGGCCCCCGGCGCCACGCCUGCCGCGCCCAAACACGCCAAGAAAAAGAAGAACAAGAUCCCUUGUUCCUACUGCCACGAGGCCGGCCACACAAGAGCGCGCUGCGAGAAGAGGCUCCUGGGUGAAAGCGGCGGGCUGUGA